AUGGCAACGAUUGACAGGGAGGUAACUGCCCGUGUUGUCCUCCAACAGUGUUUACAUGCUAAGCUGCAGGUUAAACCUCCAGAUGAAGACUCUGAGGCCGAAUGGACAGAGAUACAAAGGGGUAUGGUAAUCUAUCUGUGCUUUUUUAAAGGAUCAACUAAAGAUGUCAUUCCAAAAAUGGUUGUGUCUUUUUCAGUGAGCUCCGUGCUGAAUGUAAAAUUGAGUGAAACAGACAGUGGGAAGCAUGUAUCAGUCGUUGAACUUCCAGGAGACAUUCUGAUUGUCCCACAGGCAACUCUUGGAGGAAAGUCAAAGGGCCGAUGUAUGCAGUACCAUUCAAAUGCAGGCAAGGAGCUUGGUAUGGAAUUAUACGCACAGUUCAUUUCUCAGUGUCAGAAAGAAUUGGAAUCUCACCCUAGUUGGGUGGAAGCUGGUGCUGUGCUACGUCAUGGAACAUAUGGAAACAGACAAGUUUUGCAGCUCAACACUAAUGGACCUUACACACACUUACUGGAAUUCUGA